CCUUCCUGACCAGCUGUUUUAGCUCAAGUUUGUUGACAUUUUAGGAAAAUCAACGACAUUAAAACAGCGCCGAAUUUUCCGUGAGCAGCUGCUGUUUGCGGGUUUCCCGCAGAAGUUCAGACAGAAGUUUUUAUUUCACCGUGAAACCGAAGAGAAACUAAAAACCCGCGGAUUCUGCAGAGUUCCCCCUGUUUGGAUCCAGGAUUCCUGCGCCUGAGAUUCAUUCAUUAAGGAGUCGACAUGAAGCGCUGCCUCGGACUGAUGCUGCUGCUCUGUUCUGGGAUGUUUCAUGUAGGGUCUGGGCUUCGCUGCUACAAGUGCGCUGAUUACACCGGACGCUGCCAGAACGUCCAGGAGUGUACGUUCGAAGACUCCUGCAUCUCUCUGAGCGAGAGAGGUGGGAAGACGAUCCGUCAGUGCAUCCGGUACACGGACUGCGAUAACUCCCGCCUCAGCCAGAUGUUCCCGGCCAUCUCCGGCUUCACGUACAGAUGCUGCAGCAGCAACCUCUGCAACUCCGGCAUCACCGUCACCACGGCGACGCCCGCCCUGGCGCUGGCGGCGUCGCUGCUGAGCGUCUUUUGGAGCUGGAUGUGAAGAACCUGCAGCUUUGGGAUCUUUCACUGACACCCUCUAACACGAGCUAAACUGUUCUCUGUCCGGUUUCUCAGGUUGAAGUUGAAAUGACUUUCUUCAUUUUGCUAAUUUACUGUUCUAAUUAACCAAUAAACACGACGACAACUGAA